CUACUUGCUUUCUGGGCGACUCCCUGCACCCCUAUAUCCCGUGCUGUGAAGCUGGCCGGCCGCACUGCCUCACCCGGAAUAAACCUGCCUCCAUCCUAGGAUCCCAUUGCGGAUGCUCCUCCUCCUCCUCCUCCAGGCCAUGGAAAAUUCUGGAUCCAGACCCUGAGCCUGAGGUCAGGGAAAUGGGGGUGCCCACAGCCUCUCCAUGCCCCAUUUAUCCUUCGGUUCUGGCCCAGCUACAGCGAACUCACCCUGACAGGGGCUCACCUCAGUGAGGGGGCUUCCUUGCUCCCACUUCCCCUCCGGGGCCUCCAUCUCAGCCCUGGGGCUUCCCCUCCCUGGCGAUGUUUCUCAACCCUGCUUAAUCACUGGGGCGGCCUGGAGGAGGAGGAAGCCCAAACCUGGCCACGGGUUCACCAUAAAGAAGCCCGCAUACCAAGCCUGGAGAGGACCCAGCACGAAGAGGUCAUGAAGCUGGGGUUCGCCUGGGCUCUGCUCUCCCUUCUGGCUGGGCACAGCUGGGCAGACACCCGGGCCAUCGGAGCCAAGGAAUGUCCCCGAAACUCACAGCCCUGGCAGGCUGGCCUCUUCUUCCUCACCCGGCUCUUCUGUGGGGCAACCCUCAUCAGUGACCGCUGGCUGCUCACAGCUGCCCACUGCCGAAAGUCGCGCCUGUGGGUCCGCCUUGGGGAGCACCACCUCUGGCAGUGGGAGGGUCCAGAGCAGCUGUUCCUGGCCAGAGACUUCUUCCCCCACCCCGGGUUCAACAGUGACCUCAGCGCCAAUGACCACAACCAUGACAUCAUGCUGAUCCGGCUGCCCAGGCGGGCGCGUCUGGGGCCUGCCGUGCAGCCCCUCAACAUCAGCAAGACCUGCAUCUCCCCAGGCACGAAGUGCCUCAUCUCAGGCUGGGGGGCGGUGUCCAGUCCCAAGGCGCAGUUCCCGCUCACGCUGCAGUGUGCCAACAUCAACAUCCUGGAGCCCACGCUCUGUCACUGGGCGUAUCCGGGCCACAUCUCAGACACCAUGAUCUGUGCAGGCCAGUGGGAAGGGGGCCGGGGCUCCUGCCAGGGUGACUCUGGGGGCCCCUUGGUCUGCAAUGGGACCCUAGCGGGCGUUGUGUCUGGGGGCGGCGAGCCCUGCUCCAGACCCCAGCGACCCGCCGUCUAUACUGGAACAUGUCACUAUUACGACUGGAUUAAGAAAACCAUGGAGGAAAACUGAGUCCCUAAGGAGUCACCUCAGGACUCCGGCCGCAAUAGUCUCCGUCCUGGACUUCGGGUUGCCUGGGAGACCAAGCUCUGGACACUCAGAAUGUACCCCUCGGGGCCGGAGAUUUAGCUCAGUGGUUCUGCUGCCUGCCUCGCAAGCACAAGGACCCAAGUUUGAUCCCUGGUACCAAAAAAAAAAAAAGAACGUAUCCCUGGGGCUCGGUCCCAGAGCAUUGGCCACCAGGAUAUGGCCACGCCCCCUCAAGGCGUACAGCCCGGGGGAGGGGCCCUAGGACGUCACCGAAAACUAGCACCGCCCCCUGGAACGGUCCAACUGCGGCUCCGCCCCGAGGAACACGCCUAGUAAAUAGUCCCGCCCCCGAACUUUGCCCAAUGGGACUUCUCCUCUGGACGCCACUCCUUUGGCCACGCCUCCUCCACCAGAGUCCCCGCCCCAUGACGGCAGGCCUCGGCAGCUCCGCCCACGUGUCAGGGCAGCCAGUGUGGGACCUGCCUCUGCCCCGGGCUUGUCCUGGGUUUGAAUCCGACGGGGACUCCAGGGGGAGGAGUUUGGGGGAGGGAGUCGAUGCUUUUCCGAGCCAAUGAGAGAUUUUACAAUAAA